CAUGGUUGUUCUUCCACACAGCACAACAAGUGUGGAAACAAUAAUUGGAAACAUGGACGAAGACGAAUGACGGAAAAUCGUUGGUGGAGAUGACGGAAGCACCCAAAGAAGGCUUUUUGUCACGAAUAAUCCAUGACUUGAGUGUGACUCGACUAAAAUUAGUUCAGCGGGGUGUAACAGCCCCGUCUUGUGACCGCAGACACAGGCAGCAACAGGCAACAGCAACAACAACCACAAGAGCCAAAGACAGCUGAGACUCACUCCCAACAGACCAUCACGUGACAAAGACAUUGUUGGGUUAUCCGUUCGGACGUAGCUAGCUUGUAGUGUGGAGUAUUGUGAAGAUACGAUGGUGGCGCUUUCAAGCUCUUACAGCGACGACGUUCUGAGGAUGGCCACAGCGUUCCGUCAGGCCAGGGACGAAGACACGCGACAAGUACUCAAUGCCAUGGCCGCCAAGAAGACACCCUCUUCCUUGAGUGACUUGACAUUUUACAUGGUUCCUUCCAGUUGGAUGAUGAAGGCGUGGCCAAUGCUAGAUGCGGUCGCAGCGGACAACGGGAGCUCUGGGGUGGACGACGAUGGAAAAUGGCGCGAAAGUGUGGGACCCGUUCAGACGAUCGAGUUGUUGUCCUGUGAUCACACAGUCAGCAGCGACGAGGAAGGAGGAGGGACCGUCAAUGGAAACUGCAACAAACCCACCAAUGGAGGAUCAACGCAACAACAGUCAUCAAAUUCAGUUUCUCUCAAGAGAGACCUGAAGCACGGUGUCGAUUUCUUCUUGCUGGGACCCAAUGCCUGGUUGCUAGUCAAGGCCAAAUUUGGGUCUGACAAGGAAAUCGUGAAACCCUGCGUCUUCCACCAAACGGAGGAGAGCAUGAUAGCUGUAGCCAUUGACAGCUCCUCUCAAAACGGAGGAAGCUCAAGCACGGGAGCGGGUCAUCAGAAUUUGGUCCCGGUUCCUCCUGGGGGAUACUUCCCCUACAAAAAGCUUUUGGAGGAAUUGGAAGGGGACUCCGAUGAAACCUUUUUGCCACAACCUUCUCGUGCGCAAGGACCGCAGCAACAACCACAACACCAUGCAGCUGAAACCACUCAAACCACCGUGUCGGAUGACGAGGGAGGAGACAACGAUUUGUUUCCUGAACCCGAUGCCAUGGUUGUCAGCAGUGAUUCCAACGGAGCCCAGCAUGAGGAAUCACAAGGUCCAAUACUGCUCCCUCCAUCCACAACUGCCUCGCCUGCCAACAGCAACAACAAUGAUUCGCUCUAUCCGAACGUGCAGGAUAUGGAAUGCGGGGACAACACAGAGUCUAAGGAAGACCCCGCGGACAACCAAGAAGACAGUAAUGUAGCGUCAGCUAGGGUUGUCCCAGCCGUUGCCGCAAGCACGUACAAGAAAUAUGGAUCGGGGUUGGGAAAUUUGGGAAACACAUGCUUCAUGAAUUCCACUCUCCAGUGCCUGGCUCACACGGAUCCACUGCGACGAUACUUCUUGUCCGGAGACUACGAAAAUGACUUGAACCGAGAUAAUCCACUUGGGACUGGUGGCGAUCUAGCGACGGAAUUUGCUCAGCUUUUGGCCGAAAUGUGGGGAACGACUCCUCCGGGUGGGAGAAAAAUUGAAACUUCUUCAUAUGUCAGUUCGUCGUCCACUGUCUACCCUCGGAGCUUCAAAUUCACCCUGGGAAAACACGCAGAGCAAUUCAUGGGCUACGACCAGCACGACUCGCAAGAACUUGCUACUUAUUUGUUGGAUGCUUUGCACGAGGACACAAACCGCGUGACGAAGAAACCAUACGUCGAAAAGCCAGAACAAGGCGAAGAUGAGGCGGAUGAUGUCGCAGCACGGAAAGCAUGGGACCUGCAUUUGAAAAGGGAAGACUCUCGUGUCUUGGAGAACUUCAUGGGGCAGGUGAAAAGUCGUGUAAAGUGCUGUAAGGAGGGAUGUGGCCGAGUCUCGACAACCUUUGAUCCUUUCAUGUAUCUCUCUGUUCCUAUCCCCGGCGCGACGGAUCGCACCAUGCGAGUUACCUUUGUACCGCUUGAUGGCAACAUUCGAAAGAAAGAGCUUAGUGUCACCUUGAAUAGGAACUCGUCGGUGAGCAAGCUUGUGAUGAAGACAGCCGAACAACUGAUGAAGGCUGGGUAUUCCUCAAAUGGAAAGCCGUUCUCCUUGGACGAGCUAUGCGCAUGCGACAUUUGGACGAAAGAGGUGUACCAGUGGUAUGAUAUAGAUUCCGAUGAAAUCGAUAAGAUCCGUGAGACGGACGAAACCUACAUCUACCAAGUGCAGGCAAAGGCCGACCUCCGGAAAUUGGACGACGACGCAUCCGUCGAUGACGAGGCCAGAAUCUCAGAAGCCCUCGAAAAAUACCCUUACCGACCACAACGGUACAAGGUGGAUCCUGGCACGAUGCGUAAUCUGCAUGAUGAGGGGUGGAAGACUUCCUUGGAGGGCUACACGCGGAUGCAAGCCCUGCAACUCACGAGAGUGUUGAAUCCAAGAAGGGGAUCGACCUCAGAACGUUUCGACUUGUUUCAGAAACUGGACACUUUUAUUGUGUCAUGCAUCAAGGAAUCAGACAAAGCCAGCAAUAAGCGUGCCCGAGAAGAAGAGGGCGAUGAAGAGAGCCCUCCCAGUCCACAAGAACAAUCGAUCUCGGCAGAUAGCGAGUGCAUCAUGGUGAAGCCGGAGGAAGAAGAAGUUCCAGCCCUGGUCGAGCGUUCAGAAAAGUCCGAGACCUUCAAGGCUGUCAAGUCUCGUUUUGAUUUGGCUGUGCUGGAGCACUGUGCUGCUAAGCUCCGACGAAUGAUCGGCGAAAACUCUGGAAAAAGCAAAAAGAAGAAGGAAGAUGGAAUCUACGUCCAGAUCUAUCAACGAAAGAGCGCAUCCGUCAUGUCAGGCGCUUCAUUCACAGAGAAAGGAUUUGUGAAUCCGUUGGUGCUACGGAUACCGGUAACCAUGACAGUCUACGGCCUUCGCGAGGAAUUGGCGAAGAGGCUUGCUCGAUGUCUUAAGAUACCAAUUAAUGCAGAUUCCGCAAGUCAGCCAACCAAGGACGAAGCGGAGAUGUAUCCUGAGAGUGAUGUGAUACCCAUGGAAGGAGACUCUGAUCGCGGCGACAAUGAUCAAUUAUCUGGAGAUGACGCUAUGAAUAUGUCUUCGGAUUCGCAGAGCAAUGUCGGCGACCCUGCCUUGUUGAUCAUGCGUCGAAUCCCGCUUUCGUACUAUCGGAAAAAGAAUACCUACGGUCAAAGUAAAUCCUGGAAAAAACUCGGAUCGUUGGAAGCGGAACAAUCCAGCGACGGUCGACCGAUAUCACUUGCAGCUCCGACUCAUGCAGACGAACAAGAGCUUGUGUCUGAAUGGGUGGGCGACAAGGGAACCCUCUGUCUCGAGUGGCCAGCGGACUUGUGCGAGCAAGCAUUUGAUGCAAAUGAAUACGAAGGGAGUGAUGAGGUGAAGGACCCGGAAGAGGAAGAAGCGCUUGCAGCACGGAACCGCAAAGCGAACCACCCCAUCACUAUCCUAGACUGCGUCGAGAAAUACUGUGCCGAGGAACAGUUGGAAGAGACUGAAAUGUGGUACUGCAAUCGUUGCAAAGAACACGUUCGCGCUUGGAAACAGUUUCACAUCUACUUGGCGCCUCCAAUACUCAUCAUGCACCUCAAACGGUUCCAGUAUAGUGCAUCCACACAUCGACGAGACAAGAUCGGCACCUACAUUGACUUCCCAUUGACUGGUCUUGAUUUGUCGAAGCAUGUGCUACAUUGCAAUGAAGGCGAGGAGCCAAUUUACGAUUGCUACGCGGUUAGCAACCAUUACGGUGGACUUGGCGGUGGCCAUUACACCGCUUAUGCUCUGCACGAUGACGGAGCAUGGUGUUACUAUGAUGACAGCAGAAUUUCGGAGGACGUCCCUGAGAAAGAUGUUGUAUCCGAUGCUGCCUACGUGGUGUACUAUCGACGAAGAGACGUCCCGAAAGACAAUUUUCCGGAGGGUCUGGAAACCCCGGCCAUAAUCACCGACCAUGUAGACAAAGUGCAUGCGCCGAGUGAUGAGGCUUCAAGCACAAACGCUGCCGCCGACAUGGACGUUGAUGACAUUCAUGCUGGUGAUGCCGAUAGUCGCGGUAGCUCGCGGACCUUUUCGUCGAGCACCAAUGCCGCGGUCGACAUGUAUGUUGAUGACAUUCAUGCUGGCGAUGCCGAUAGUCGCGCGAGCUCGCGGACGGACCCAUUUCUUCGGCAGUAGCUUGCAUUAGGCAACGAAUAUGACGGACGAGCGACAGUAAAAACGACGAAGCCGACAACUUGUUUCAGUCUGGCCCCAACAAGAAACAACAUCAGCUACCCAUUGCAGUAGUUGCUCACAGCGAGCAAAGAAGGGAAAGUUCACUAGCACUCUAACUAGACUAUAAAGAAUGUACAUUUCAUUUGC